GUGACCAAAUAAAUAUUUCUCUCUUGAGCAAUUUAACUAGAUUAGCUCUUUAUUUCUUUCUUUGUUGAAUUGCACACUUAACUUCACUUCACUCUCUCAUAGUUUUCUGAUUCAACAAAUAGUUAGAUUAUUCUCUUUCACUCGUCUCAUCCAUCCAUGGUUUCUUCCGGUGACUCCUCCCAACAUGCCCAAUUAAUUUUGGGUGAUGAAGAUUCAAGAAAAACCGGCACAAGGAUCCAUGAUGUGUUCUUGAGUUUCAGAGGAGAGGACACUCAUGCUUGCUUCACUUCACAUCUCUAUGCUUCCCUUCAAAAUCUCGGAAUCAACGUUUUUAAGGAUGAUCAUUCACUUCAAAGGGGAGAUCACAUUUCAAAAUCACUAAUGCAAGCAAUUCAAGAUUCUCAAAUUUCUGUUAUCGUUUUCUCAACAAAUUAUGCAGAAUCGCAAUGGUGUCUUGAAGAGUUGGUGGAGAUAAUGAAGUGUCGCAGAAUUCAAGGCCAAGUUGUUUUGCCAGUGUUCUACGGUGUAGAUCCAUCUGAAGUACGUAAUCAAACUGGUGAGUUCGGAAAAGCAUUUCAAAGUCUAUUGAAAAGGAUUUCAAAAAAGGAGGAGGAAGAUGAUGAGUCCUUAGAUUUGAAAUUGGGGUUAGGUUCUGUAAACUCGCUUCGUGAAUAUCCAGAGCUUCGUGAGGCUGCUAACCUUGCUGGGGUUGUAGUCCUAAAUGCCAGGAAUGAAAGUGAAGCUAUCAAGGAUAUUGUUAAAAAUAUUACACGUUUGCUUGACAAGACAGACUUAUUUGUUGCUAAUAAUCCGGUGGGAGUUGAAUCUCGUGUGCAAGAUAUGAUUAAGCUGCUAGAACAAGAUAUCCAACAAUCAAAUGAUGUUUUCCUUCUAGGGAUGUGGGGUAUGGGAGGAGUUGGCAAAACAACCAUCGGAAAAGCUAUUUACAAUAAAAUUGGCCGCGAUUUUGAUGGUAGAAGCUUCCUUGCAAAUAUUAGGGAAGUUUGGGAGGAAAAAGCUGGCCAAGUGAAUUUACAAGAACAACUUCUCUCUGAUAUCUGCAAAGACACGACAACCAAAAUACAAAGCAUUGAAAAUGGAAAAAUCAUAUUAAAGGAUAGACUUUGUCAUAAAAGAGUACUAAUUGUACUUGAUGAUGUUAAUACUUUGGACCAACUGAAUGUUUUGUGUGGCAGUCAUCAUUGGUUUGGUUUGGGGAGUAGAAUAAUUAUCACAACAAGAGAUAGAUAUAUACUUCGUGGGAGUAGAGUUAACCUAAUAUAUGAAAUGAAGCAUAUGGAUGACAGUGAAUCAAUUGAGCUAUUUAGUUGGCAUGCAUUCAAGCAAGCAAGUCCUACAAAAGAUUUAGCUGGAAUUUCCAGAAAUGUAGUUGAGUAUUCUGGAGGAUUACCGCUGGCUCUAGAAGUCCUUGGGUCGUAUUUGUUCGACAGGGAGGUAGCGGAGUGGUACAGUGCCUUGGAGAAACUCAAAAGAAUUCCUAACAACCAAGUACAAAAGAAACUAAAAAUAAGCUAUGAUGGUUUAAAUGAUGAUGCCGAGAAAGAAAUAUUUCUUGACAUAGCUUGUUUCUUUAUUGGGAUCGACCGAAAUGAUGCUACACUAAUAUUAAAUGGAUGUGGACUUUAUGCUGAAAUUGGAAUAAGUAUUCUUGUUGAGCGAAGCCUUGUAACUGUUGAUGAUAAGAAUAGGCUUAGAAUGCAUGAUUUGCUACGAGAUAUGGGAAGAGAAGUCGUUCGUGAGAAAUCACCGGAGGACCCUGAGGCACGUAGCAGAUUGUGGCUUCAUGAUGAUGUGCUUGAUGUUUUAUCAGAUCAAUCUGGAACUAAAGCUAUAAAGGGAUUGGCUUUGAAGUUGCCAAGAGUUGAUGCAAAAUGUUUUAGUACUAAAGCAUUUAAGAAGAUGAAGAGACUGAAAUUGCUUCUACUUGCUGGAGUAAAACUUGAUGGAAAUUUUGAAUGUCUUUCAAGAAAUCUGAGGUGGCUGUCUUGGAAUGAAUUUCCUUUAACACAUAUACCAACAAACCUUUUUCUAGGAAAUUUAGUUUCCAUAGAGUUAGAGAAUAGCAAUGUCAAACUUAUGUGGAAAGAGGCCCAGAGAAUGGAGCAUCUGAAAAUUCUCAAUCUUAGUCAUUCACAUUGUCUGACACAUACCCCUGACUUUUCUUACAUGCCUAAUCUUGAAAAGCUUGUACUCAAAGAUUGUCCAAUGUUAUCUGAAGUUUCUCCAAGCAUUGGACAUCUCAAUAAAAUUCUUCUGAUAAAUUUCAAAGACUGCAUUAACCUUUCUAGCCUCCCAAGAAGCAUCUACAAGUUGAAAUCUUUGAAAACUCUCAUUCUUUCUGGUUGUAAAAAGUUAGACAAGUUGGAAGAGGACUUGGAACAAUUGGAAUCUUUAACCACCCUGCUUGCAAAUGACACUGCAAUAACAAGAGUACCCUUCUCAAUAGUUAGUUCCAAAAGCAUUGGAUAUAUUUCUUUAUGUGGCUAUGAAGGAUUCUCACGUGAUGUGUUUCCAUCUAUCAUUUGGUCUUGGAUGUCACCAACAAAUAAUCUCCGAUCUCCAUUUCAAACAUCUGCUGCCAUGUCAUCUCUUGUUUCUUUUGAUGUACCGAGCAGUAGUUUCAAUGAGUUAUCAUCUUUUUCUGACCACCUUCCAAGACUUCGAAGUCUUCGGGUGGAUUGCAAUUCCGUAGAUCAACUUUCUCUAGAUGCAAAAACAAUUUUGAAUGCCCUAUAUGCCACUGUUUCUAAGGAAUUUGAAUCAACUGCAACUACAUCACAUGCACCUGAUAUGAAGACUUUUACAUUAAUUCAACGAUGCAGUGAAGUGCAUGUUUCAGGAUCACAACAUUCCUUCAAGUCUCUUUUAAUUCAAAUGGGAAUGAAUUGCCAAGUCACUAAUAUUCUGAAAGAGAAAAUUUUGCAGAAUAUGGAUGUUAAUGGAAGUGGUGGUUGUUUCCUCCCUGGUGAUAGUUAUCCAAAUUGGUUAACCUUCUACUCUGAAGGUUCUUCUGUAACUUUUCAUGUCCCUCUGGUGGAAGGGCGUAACUUGAAGACAAUGAUGUGCAUUAUCUAUACGUCAACCCAAAAUAACAUAACUUCAUAUGGCCUUAAAAAUGUGUUGCUAAAAAAUUACACAAAGGCUACCAUUCAGCUUUAUAAGAGAGAGGCAUUAAUUUCCUUUGAAGAUGAGGAGGGGCAGAGAGUAGUAUCAAGUAUGGAUCCUGGUGACAAAGUAGAGGUGGUUAUUGUUUUCGAGAAUUGUUUCAUCGUGAAGAAGACAACAAUUUAUCUGGUAUAUGAUAAACCAAUUGGAAAGACUUUGGAUUUAUAUCAUUUACCAGAUUUGAAUGUCCUUGCUUCUAGUGAUGAUGAAAAUGAGCACCCUGUCAAGAGAUUCUCUAUUGAAGAGGAGCACACUGAAGAUGUCAAUCAGAACAGAAAGAAGAAAAAUCGAAUGGAAUGAAAGAUGGUAAGAGCAAUGACUGGAGUUUCUAGAUUUUAUCUGUGGUGGUUUUUUCAAUCCUUAAGAGAAGCGAGAUUACAAUUUUUCUUAAAUUUUCCUGUCUUAAAUUUAAAGCAAAAUUAUAUAAAUAAUCUCUUAACUUAAUUUUAGAUAACGUUUUAGUUUUUA